CUGGUGCGACAGAUCGUGUGAUCUGUUAUAUGUAGGUACCGGCAGGGUACAAUAAUAUCUAAUCAAUAACAUAAUAAUAUAGGGAUCCGUACCAAGUGAUAUAUCUAGUCUAGUUAUACCUGUAAAAGUUGUGUUAUGAAUUUGUUGUAAAUAUUUAUAGUAAUUAAUAUUUUAUGAGAUUCCAUCAAUAAAACAGACAAAACACAAAAAUGGUUGGAAACGAACCUAAAAAUGUUACUCAUGCUGACACCGAUCAAGACUUAAAAGACCUUAACAAAAUUAACUCCCUUAAAUUAGAAGAUUAUAGUAAAGCUGUAACACCACAUUACACAAAGGACGAGUCUCCUCCGGGUGAAAGAGUAAAGUUCGAAGGGCUAGAUGACAAAGACAGUAUAUUCUCAGAACAAGGAGACAAACUACCACCAAUUCCUGAUGGGGGAUGGGGUUGGGUGGUUGUAUUUGCAGCUUUUUUAACAGCUGCGUGCGCCGAUGGCCUGACGUACUCUUUUGGUAUACUACAUGAAGAGUUCAUCAACUAUUUCCAAGAGUCACAGUCAAAAACUUCUUUAAUAGGUAGUUUAUUUAUAUCAAUACCCCUAAUUUCGGGACCAAUAAUGAGUGCUUUAGUAGACCGAUACGGGUGUAGAACUAUGAACAUGAUAGCUGGAAUUCUAUCAACUAUUGGAUUCUUACUGGCUGCUUUCAGUAACAGUGUUGUAAUGUUAUGCGUGACCUUAGGCGUCAUAAGUGGAUUUUCAAUGGGCAUCUUCUAUGUUACUGCAGUAGUAUCUGUUGCAUUUUGGUUCGACAAAAGAAGGACUUUGGCCGUGUCUAUAGCUCACACUGGCGUCGGAUUUGGUACGUUGGUGUACUCGCCGUUGACGAAUUAUUUACUACAGAUAUACGACUGGAGGAAUACUCUGGUGUUAUUAGCUGGUACGGUUUUGAAUAUGUGUGUUUGUGGUGCACUAAUGAGAGAUCCGGAUUGGAUAAUAAUAAAGGAGCAUAGAGAGAAAAUGGAGGCGAAGACAAGAUCUAGAAAAUCUUCGAGCGCCGGAUCGAUCUCUUCGAAAUCGAUUGGCGGUGAAUCAGUUUACCUGAGUGCAGAUGAAUUGAAUGAUUUAUUGAAAAGCGGCAGAAAUCCUGAGUAUAUUUUGGCAAUGCUCACAACGUCAUUAGCAGAAGCAGAGAAGCUGGAGGCAACUACGCAAAUGAAUGCUGAAAUGACUUGUAAAAGAGUUAAUUCUGAUGUACACUUGCCUACAUUUAUUCAGCAUCAUGAUCAAGUGCCAGCGGAAGUGAUAGAAAAACUAAUGACAAACAAACGUUUAUACAACAUUAUUCUCCACAACUAUCCAGAUUUGCUGAUGAGGAGACGUUCAGAAGAAAAUAUAAAUAUAGAGCCCCCAUUAGGCGCAAAGGAACCAACAAAAAUGAACUUAACACUAAUGGCUAAGAAACCUAAAGCACAAAAUGAAGAAGUAAAAAAAGAUCAACAGAAAGAAGUUAAAAAAGAUAUAGCUGUUAACGACGCAGCAACAACUGCAGAUACUUCUAAUGUUAAUGGAGAAGUCAAGCAUACGAAUCCAAAUAUUGUUAGCCUUAAAAAUGAUCAAAGUAAAGCAUUACCAACUCAGCCUGCCCAACCAAAUUGGCUGUCGAAACAGAUCUACACUGAUCAUCACUAUUUAAGGGAUAUGCCUUUAUAUAAAAACGCGAUCAUGUAUCGUGGUGCAAUGAUGAAUAUCCCCAGAUACAAACUCAGGGCAUCCUCUCUGCCUGACAUCUACAGGAACUCUACGUGGUCAAUAUGGUCCGGUUCUGAUAAUGAAAAGAAAUGGUACAACCGCUUAAUCGAAGGCCUCAAAUCCACCUUCGACUUCAGAAUGUUCACCGAGCUCCACUUCUUUCUUUUCAACAUGGCGUCGUUGCUUCUCGCGGUGUGGGCGAUCAUCCCUUACUUCUUUCUCAAGUCCUAUAUGUCUGACGUGAACAUGGAGGGUGGUGCCACUAUGAUCGCGAUUGUUGGUAUCGCCAGCGGAAUUGGUAUUGUGGUUCUAGGCUGGGCUGGUGACCAACCCUGGUUAAACGUCACUAAAGCCUUCACCAUUUGCCUUUUCAUCUGUGGCAUAUCCAUCGCAGCCUACCCCCUCUGUAUCCACAACUACUGGGCCCUCGCAGUCGUCUCUGUGGUGUUUGGCUGGUCAUAUGCCAGCUCCUAUGCUUACACCCCUGCUAUACUUAUACAACUGGUGCCUAUUGAUUACUUUACUUUGGGAUACGGGUUGAUAUUGCUGAGUCAAGGCAUUGGACAUUUAUGCGGACCACCUCUUGGGGGUCUCCUCUUCGACAUAACCCAAAACUGGGAUCUAACCUUCUACGUGGGUGGCGUGUGGGUGAUACUUGCGGGCGUGUGCGUCGGCGUCAUCCCCUACACGAACAAUGUGCGCAUGUGUGGCUCGGCGCCGCUGCUGAAGGAUCUGGACGACGGAACCAGCACUAAGAACUCCGUGCAUAUGCAUGUGUGAAUACCAAAGCUUAGGAUUCAAGGAUUUGGAUUAAGGAUUAGAAUUAAGAUUGUAUUUAAUAAAUGCUGCAUUUACGUUU